AUGCCAGCUUCUCAAAGUAACUUGCUGUCUUUACAUGAGGAUGUUAUAAAUGAUACUGCAAACUUGAGUGAAACGAAAACUUCAGAUGAAAAAGGAUCUGUGGAAAAAAGAACAGUGACUGUGAUUGAGAAGAAUGGCUAUCGUGACUCCGUGUACGUAAAUGCAGCUCGGAUUUUUCAGGGCAUUCAUGCGGAAAAGCCUAAGGAUAGAAUAUUGGUGCGGUAUGGUGAUGAUGGCUCAUUAUCUCCCGUGCUAACUCUUAAAGAUGAAUAUUCCCAGCGUGUAUCUUAUGAACUGGCUUUCAGUGCUCUGAAAUAUCAAGACCUUCUUGAAGAAAUAUUGUUAGAUAGUUGUGUUUACCCCUGCCAGUCAAUACCAGAUGAAUUAACCAGCUUGCUUGUUGUGAUGCUUUAUGACCUACAAAACCGAAAAUUUCAAGCACGGGAGAUUCUUGGUGAUGAGGAACCUGUAGCAGAAGUUAGGAAAAUAGAGCGUUAUCUAUCCAGUUCUAGGACUAAGUUGGCAGCUGCACUAGCGAGAUGUCGCAUCAAACACGGUGUUCUUUCAAUUGAAUACAUUCUACCAGAAAGCAUACGAAAGCAGGAACAAAGGGCUUCUGCUUUACCUUUGUGUGUUUGGAUAAACACAUCUAAAAUCAGCCUUCAAGACAUUUUCAGGGAUUUGAAGAAGAAGGGAUUCACAAGAGUUGACUCUGUGUCAGACCUUGACUGUUACACAUACUGUAUGGACCAACAUUGCCAUGAUGUAUUGGUUUUUCCUUCCUCUCUUAAAGAAGAACUGCUUAAUUUAGAUCUUUUUGCAGACUGCAAACUCUUACUGCAGGAUAAGUCUCGCAGCCUUGCUGUGCACUCCACACAGGCGCUGUUGAACGCAGGUGACGACAUUAUAGUGGCUCACGUAGGUUCCCACCUGACCAUUGCCCAUAUGUCAGUGCUGACAAAUGACAGCAUGUCCAGAAUUUUUGUUUGUGGCGUGAAGACUUCAGCAAAAGAAGCAGAACUGAGGGACUUGUUCAGUCACAUGGGAUGUGAAAAUAUUCAGUUGUUACUUGAAGACUUUACUGAGAUUGAACCAACAGACCCAAGACUUCAAAACGCAAAAGUUGUUUUGCUGCUGCCACAAUGCUCCGGACUGGGUGUUGGCAAUCCAAUAGACUUUAUCUUAAGUGAACACAAAGAUGCAGGAUUGCUAAGAGACCUUUUCCAAGGAUCUGUAUCUGAGGAUAAACUCAGUAUUCUUGCUGAGAGGCAGCUUAAGGAGUUGAUGCACGCAAUGAACUUUAACCAAGUACAAGCUAUUGUUUACUGCACUUGUUCAGUUUACCCAGAAGAAAAUGAACUUGUAGUGCAAAAAGCACUGGAAUCUGGAGUGGAAGGAAAUGAAGUACAACCAUACAGGCUUACUCCUCCUGUUUUUAAUACUUGCUCCAAUUCAGUGAGUUCCACUGAGUUCUUUUUCAAAAUGGAGCCAUCAGAAAUUUCCAGUGGCUGUUUUCUAGCUAUUCUGGCAAGAGAGAAAGAUUCUUCUGAAAAUGUGUCUGUUAAGGACAUUUUGGCUCAUGCUGCAGCUGAAGGACUACUAGAUGUAGAUGGCGUUGUUGGAGAAAAAUCAAAGAAAGAGGAGAAAAAGCAACCAAAAGUAACACAGCCUAGAAGUAAUAUUACUGGUGGUCGUAUAAAGCCGAAGAAUGCAGCGUUCCUUCACCGUCAGACUGUCUCUACCAAUAAGGCUGAAGUUUCAGUGUCUAAAGCAGUCCGUAACGUCAAACCAAAGAACGUGAACCAAACUAACACCCGUGUUCUGCUGAAGGAAUCUAUCAGCCCCGUUCCAGACAGAGCUCUGCCUAAAGUACUGAAGCACACACCUCACUUGUCACCCACGCACAAGUUGCGUGGCAGACAGACACUUGCUAGAAAGGCUCGCGCAGAACGUAAAAGGCUUGUAUUGAAGCCCAUAGAAAUUGUUUUUCCUCCAGUGAUAACACCACACGUAAGUCCACAAGGAACCAAACCCAGGGUACCAAUUCAUCGUUGCUUUCAUGGUUGGACUGGAGUAAAGAGUUCGAGUGGUAGGAUACUUCCACCCUCUCCACCUAAAGAGGUCAAGCCAACUGGGCUCCGCCAUCCUCGACGAUGGCUGUAA